AAAUCGAACGCAUCGUUGAUUGCGUUUACGUGAGUUGCCAGUGUGGCGAGUUGUUUUGGACACCAAAGUCCUGUAUUUUCAUGAUUUAUGAUCAAAAUGUCAGGACAAACGGAGAGGAAAUCGAAUGGUCUCGUCGAUCCACAGACUGCAGACACCGGGUCAUAUCUGAAGUAUUUCAGUUUGAUGACGUUGAUGCUACAAAAUGCUGUCUUCAUACUGAUGAUGCGAUAUGUACGGACUCGUCCGGGCGACAUGUUCAUGUCGACCACCGCUGUGAUAAUGUCCGAAGUACUGAAAUUCCUGGCAUGUUUCAUCAUCAUUUUUUUUAAAGAAGGCAGUCUGAGGGCAUUUCUUUCUCAUUUGAAUGAGAACAUUAUAAAGCAACCAAUGGAUUGCUUAAAGAUUUCCGUACCGUCCAUCAUAUACACUCUGCAGAACAAUUUGCUUUUCGUUGCUGUCUCAAAUUUGGAUGCUGCAGUUUUUCAGGUGACAUACCAACUAAAGAUCUUAACCACAGCUCUCUUCUCUGUCAUCAUGCUCGGCAAACCGCUGAGUCGCCUUCAGUGGGUGUCCCUCUUCAUCCUGUUUUGUGGUGUGGCUCUCGUGCAAGUCCAGCCUACAGACUCGUCCCAAAGUAAAGUCCCCGUCAAACAGAAUCCCUGGCUAGGUCUUGUAGCUGUCCUGGUACAAUGCUGUCUGUCCGGAUUUGCUGGAGUUUAUUUUGAGAAGAUCCUGAAAGGAACCAAACAGUCCAUCUGGCUCCGAAACGUCCAACUGGGUAUCAUUGGAUCCAUAAUCGGAUUCGUCACCAUGGAAAUCAACGAUGGGCAAAAUGUAUCGGAGAAAGGAUUCUUUUUUGGGUAUGAUUACGUGGUCUGGACUGUCAUAUGCUUGCAGUCAUUCGGGGGGUUAGUCGUAGCAGUUGUUGUGAAGUAUGCAGACAAUAUCCUCAAAGGAUUUGCCACGUCAGGUGCAAUUAUCAUAUCCUGUAUAGCAGCCAUUUACUUUUUUAACUUCCACCUGUCCCUGCAGUUCUUUGUCGGGGCGAGUCUGGUCAUUGUGUCUGUGUAUAUGUACAGUAAGUUUGUGCCACCAAAGCCCACGACUAGCCCCUCAUCUACGCAGACUGUUUGAUAUCAGUGACACAUUAAAGUUGAAGUAGAUUGAAUUUAAAAUUGGGAUCUGUACAUCACAAAGGUUUUUAUAUUUAUAAAUUGGAACAUGUUCAUGUGGUAUAUAUAUCAAUGUAUUUUGAGUUAGACUAAUUUUUCAUUCAAAUUAGAUGAUAAUUUAGUUGUUUAAGUCUGAUAUGGCAGUUUGGGACUAGGGAAUUGCUAGUGUUGCACGUUUUACCGUACUGGAAAUUACAUGCCAGUAUGGAGAAUAUUGCAGCUUCGGGUCAUUUUUACUUAGCUUUGUCUAAAUUUCUUUCUGUUGCUAGCUCAUGCUACUGCACCCGUUACCUAUUCUGUCAGCCCGAUCAUUGAAUACGCUGCCUUCAUUUUUUGUUUCUUUAUGUACCUGUAGUCCCAAUAACUUGACUUUGGAAAAUGUUUUGUUUGAUGCAUACUCGACCCUCCCCCCCCCCCCCCCCCCCCCCCCCUUCCCCCUGAAGAUCUAGACUGUAUGAUUAUUCUCUGAGUAUGAAGUUGUUUAUUGUGAAUAUAGAAACAGAUCUGUUAGAAAGUUUAUGAUUUACGAUGGUUGCUUUGAUAACUGAAUUGUUUGUAAGGUAAAAUAUAGUUUUUGUAGGUAGUAUUGUUAACUAUAUAGAGACUUUGAUGCUCUUUGAUCUCCAGUUUUCAAUCUGGAUCAAAACAUAAAAAGGCAAAGCGUAUACAAUGUAUUGAUUUAAAGAGCAGUGAUAGCAUUAUAUAUUCAGCAAAAUUUUUAUUGAAGUUUUUCGUUUUAAUUGUUAGAAAGAUGAUUUUACUGUGAGGGGAUUGAUUUUAGGAACAAAUAUAAAUUAUCACAGAGUUCGGCCCAAACGGGCUAAGCCCCUGUGGAACAUAUAUAUUCUUUCUUGCACAUCAGUAGUAUCGCACGACUAUUUGCAUGUACAUGUAUUUGUAUAUAUGUAAACCCAAUGCGUAUAUGCUUUUUUUGUACAGAAGAUGUACUUGAUAACAGUAUUAUACUUAUUAAGGUGGAUCAGUAUGUGACCUAAAUAUUACAAAAUGAAAAAUGCCCUGGAUAUUGCUUCUUUCCUGCCUACAUUUAUAUCUUCAUGGGUUUAUAAUCACUACAUUCUGCAGUUUGUAAGUUUCAGACUUGGCCUUUAAUUUGGUAUAACCAUUUAUGCUUUAUUUCCUUUAUUGUCUUAUUCAUAUUAGAUAAUUGAUGAUACUUGGACAAUCAAAUUAGUUUAAUUUAUUUUGUAUGCAAUGGUUAACGGAUCCACCUUAAUAUUUGUACACAAUCAGCUUUGUAAUUCCUGGCUCCCAGUAUUUUGUUGCCAUUAACUGUGUAUUUCUGAAAAAUAUGUUAAUUAAUUGUAAGAAAUUGCAUUAUAACAUUUUUGCUUUGAUACAACCCUCUUCCCCAAUAUUUAAUUAACUGUGAUUUAAAUGAAGGCACAUGCAUGCUAUAUUAUCUUUACAGUGAUGUAUAUAGAUUUUAUCGCUGUAAACACGCAUUGUUACAUGCUGUACUUAUUUCCAUGUAGAAUCCAUGUAACUUCGUACCAGCGGACUUGAAGUAUAUAUACGUAAACUAAUUUCAUAUAAGCCAUAUGCAGCUCAGCAGAAUUUCGUACCUGCAGACCAAACCAGAAGUGAUAAUCCAUGUGGAAUUAAAUACGUCUACAGUAUUUUAAAACAGUAAUUUUGGUGUCAAAUAGUUGCAUUAAAAUGUUUGUUUCGAAGUCAGUAAGAAUAUAAUACAGGGGGUGUUAAGAUUAAUGUUAAUCUCUCACAAUAAAGUUAUAGGGAAUGAUGGGGAUGAAUAGAAAGAGAUCCUUAAUUAGUGAUGUGGUAUGCCCUUGUUCUAUUUGCAAAUACAGUAAUAUGGUAAAGGGUGACAUUUCUUGAGUUUUUGUUAAAUUUUGUGACUUCAAACUGAGUGCCCAUCUUUAAGGCUUUAACUUAAUGUUGAGUAAUGUGAAAAUCUAUCAAGCUGUGCACAUUUUGAUCAGAUACUAUGUGGGUUUACUCUAUAGUCAUGAGACAGCUGAUACCAUAAGUUGGAAAUGAAUUGAAUGGAAAUUAAACAUAAAUUAUGUGUCUUGCUUUUGUAGAAGAAAUAGAGAAGCUGUGUUCAAAAUUGAAUUGCUAUCAUUUUUUAAAGUAGAGUUGGUGCUGAUAUUUAUGAAUAAACAAUCAGAAGCGCUGUACAUCUUAGAUGAUUACUUAGAAUUUAAGAAGCAAUCAUUCGUCUAAGAUGUAUAAUCCCCAUGUUGCAUGUAUAUUCUAUCAAUUAUAUGUUUGGAAAUACAUGUAUAUGGCUGCAUGUUUUUUUAAAGUAUAUUUUAAGUUUCCUAUUUUAUUUGUACAUAGAGAAAAAGUCCACUGGAUUUCAUAAUUUGUUAAUGAUUUUUUUUAAAAUUGUGAAUGCUGAUCAGUUUUGUAAAAUGUAGAUUGUGUAAUGAACCUGUGUGUUUAUGAAGCUAUAUGUAGAUAUCAAAUAUCCAGAAACAUUCCAUUAUUGUGUAGAUAUAAUUAUCCUGUACCAAGGAAUCACAGACUGACCCAUCAAAUUACAGCCCACGGUAAACGUGUCAUACUGACCCAUCAAAUUACAGCCCACGGUAAACGUGUCAUACUGACCCAUCAAAUUACAGCCCACGGUAAACGUGUCAUACUGACCUGUCAAAUUACAGUCCACGGUAAACGUGUGUCAGACUGACCCGUCAAAUUACAGCCCACGGUAAACAUGUGUCAUACUGACCCGUCAAAUUACAGCCCACGGUAAACGUGUGUCAGACUGACCCGUCAAAUUACAGUCCACGGUAAACGUGUGUCAUACUGACCCGUCAAAUUACAGCCCACGGUAAACGUGUGUCAGACUGACCCGUCAAAUUACAGCCCACGGUAAACGUGUGUCAGACUGACCCGUCAAAUUACAGUCCACGGUAAACGUGUGUCAGACUGACCCGUCAAAUUACAGCCCACGGUAAACGUGUGUCAGACUGACCCGUCAAAUUACAGCCCACGGUAAACGUGUGUCAGACUGACCCGUCAAAUUACAGCCCACGGUAAACGUGUGUCAGACUGACCCGUCAAAUUACAGUCCACGGUAAACGUGUGUCAGACUGACCCGUCAAAUUACAGCCCACGGUAAACGUGUGUCAGACUGACCCGUCAAAUUACAGCCCACGGUAAACGUGUGUCAGACUGACCCGUCAAAUUACAGUCCACGGUAAACGUGUGUCAGACUGACCCGUCAAAUUACAGCCCACGGUAAACGUGUGUCAGACUGACCCGUCAAAUUACAGCCCACGGUAAACGUGUGUCAGACUGACCCGUCAAAUUACAGUCCACGGUAAACGUGUGUCAGACUGACCCGUCAAAUUACAGUCCACGGUAAACGUGUGUCAGACUGACCCGUCAAAUUACAGUCCACGGUAAACGUGUGUCAGACUGACCCGUCAAAUUACAGUCCACGGUAAACGUGUGUCAGACUGACCCGUCAAAUUACAGUCCACGGUAAACGUGUGUCAGACUGACCCGUCAAAUUACAGCCCACGGUAAACGUGUGUCAGACUGACCCGUCAAAUUACAGUCCACGGUAAACGUGUGUCAUACUGACCCGUCAAAUUACAGCCCACGGUAAACGUGUGUCAUACUGACCCGUCAAAUUACAGCCCACGGUAAACGUGUGUCAUACUGACCCGUCAAAUUACAGUCCACGGUAAACGAAAAAGGUGGCGUCACACUCCCAACCAUAGCUGUAGGUCCUGUAGUGGCAAAUUCUACCUUUGAAACUAAAUUUGAAAGUCCACAAUGAUUCAUAUUUUAAAAUGCAUUUUGUUUCUUAUCUUCAAUUGAUAAAAUGGAACAUUUCUGUAAUUCCCUAGUACAAAUUAGUGCAUGUUAUAUCUAAUAUAAUGUAUAUAUAUAUUGUACCAACUUCACCAAGAACUGUGGACUGUAAUUGAUUUUGAAAUUUUAAGAAAAUUUAAUUGUACAUUGUAUAUUUAAUAGGAUGAAUGAAAUCCAACUUAAUUUAUUGCUAUUUUUAUGUCCCCAGAAUCAAAGAUCCGAGGGCAUGUAGUUUUUGGUCUGUCCUGUCUGUCUGAGACCAAAAACUUUAACCUUGGUCAUAGGAGGUAAAGCUUUCAUAUUUAAUUUGUGUAUUAUUUGUGGCUAGACCUUUUUAUUGACAUCAAAUUCUUUGACCUGGUGACCUUAAACCUACUAGUAGAAAAUUUGAUUGUAGGCCAUACCUUUCAAAUUGUAAGGGGUACUGCUUUUAUAUUCAGCAUGUGCAUUUCUUGUGAGAAGACCUUUUUAAUGAUACCAGAUUCGUUGACCUUGUGACAGUGACCUAGUUUUUGGAAAUUUUAAAAAAAAAUUAACUUGGUCAAUACAUAUCUUUACACCUUUUAAAAGAGGUAGACCUUCAUAUUUGGUAUGUGUAUGCCUUGUGGCAAGACUUUUCCAUUGACACCAACAUCUUUGACCUCGUGACCUUUAUAUUGAUGUUUGACCUACUUUAAGAAAAUUUGUUUAUAAGCCAUAUCUUUCAAAUUGUAAGAGGUAAUUAAGCAAGAGCAAUUUUGUGAGAAGACCCUUCCAAUUUUGUUGACCUUGACCAUUGACCUAGUGUUUGGAAAUUUCAAAAAAAAACUGCAAUGUCUUACAGUUCCACUUUGUUGUAACCCGGGGGCAUCAGUGUUUUAUUUAGUGUAAAGUAUUAAACAUUAUAUUUUUUGUAACGUACAAGAAUAAGGCUCACUAACCAUUAAUUUUAAUCCCAUUAUUCAGACCUGUAAUUUCAAAUACAUCAUUAAAAGAAAUGUGGAAUAUGCAAAAUAAGUUUAAUAAUUUUCAAAAGGGAAUUAUUAAUUUACAUAUAUACUAUGUACAAGGACAUAAAUACUGGUAAUUGCAUGUUCCACUAAUGUCUUUGAGAAGGUAAAAAAAAUUCUGUUUUUUAAGCUGUUUGGAUUCAAAAAGUAUGGACUGCAUCAAUCACACAUCAUGCUCAGUCGUUUUGUAGGGUAUUCCAACACGCGUACCUGUGAAGUCACUGUAUGCACAUUUAUCUAUCUCUCCAAAGAAAUUGUUUCUCAGGUCUGAUAACAAUUUGUAUUGUUUUAUUCUUCUCCUCCUCAAUUUAAUUCCAAUCAAAUCACAAGAUGAUGUCCGAUGUGAUACACGAGACCUGAUCCCUAUAAAUCACACCAUGUGGUAUUAUAUAAUGUAGUGUAAGUUUUCAUUUGUACGUAAAAUAAAGGUAUGUUGUCAAAUGUUCAAUUCUUGUAAUUAGGCCUUGGAAUUCCAAUUAUUCUCAUUAACUAUUGAAUACCAUAGAUUUUGGAGAUGAAUAUAUUUAUACUAUUAUAAACCACAGCAAUGAUUUUUGGCGUGAUGUUUUUCAAUCAUGGUUAGCAAUGAUUCGAGUAAUGGAUGAAAAGUACUCCAUGCAAAAACUCAGUUCUGUUCCAGUAUGGCAUAACACAAAUAUGUGUGUUGGUAAUAAAGACAUUUAUGUUAAAACAUGGUAUCAACAUGGUGUGAAAAUAAUUGGAGACUUUUUAGAUGAAGAUGGAAAUUUUUUAUUACUACAAGAUUUUUCACAAAAAUUUAGACUAGCAAAUGUAUGUACAAUGCAAUACAACAGUAUUACCAGUACUAUAACUAAGUUUUUAAAGACUUUGUCUGUUAAGAGAUCAGAUGUUAAAAAAAAUUGUACACCAUUUAUUCCUUUUUACUUUGAAUUUAUACUGUUGAAUGAUAAAUGUUCCAGAGUGUUAUAUAAUAUGAUAAAUAGUAAUGAUCUCAUACCCAAAUCAAUUCAAAAUUGGAACACUGAAUUAUCUGUACAUUUAGAAGGCAAUGUUUCUGUCAAAGAGCUGUUUAAAGUUUGUUUUAAAACAAGUAUUGAUACCCAAGUUCAGUGGUUGCAGUACCGAAUUCUUUACAAGCUUCUUCCUACGAAAUAUUACCUCAAGAAAAUCAGUAUAAUUUCAGAUGACUGUUGUUCAUUUUGUAAAGAUAAUGAAGAAACAAUGCAACAUAUGUUUAUGUCUUGUUCUUAUACUUUAGCACUUUGGAAUAAUCUUAGCAUGCAUAUUUUCAGAAAAACAUCAAAAAGAAUUGGUUUUAAUGUUAGUAAUGUUAUUUUUGGUGAAACACCUUUCAGUUUGUGUAAUAAAGUUGUUAAUUUCAUAAUUCUGUAUACCAAGCAAUAUGUUUUCAAUUGUUCAAAGCAAAACAAAAUUCCUCAUAUUACUGGGCUGAUACAUUAUCUUUCUUUCAAAUACAAAGUUGAAAAAUUUGUAGCAAUUAAAUCAUGUGAAGUUUUGAAAUUCGACAGACUUUGGGAAAACUGGAAAAUUAUUUUUGAUCUGUAACCUAGAAUAAGAAGUAUUCUACCAAUAAUGCUGAACUAGUAGUGUGAAAGAGUGUGAGAAUGUAUAAAAUGAUUAAUAUGUAUCUUCAUUACUAUUACUGAUGAUUAUGUGAAUAUGAAAAAAGAAUAAAUUAUAAAAAAAAAAAUAAAAAACUAUUGAAUACCACAGGGUUUUGACACAAUCUGAAAACAAAUAUAUACAGUUGAACUCCGAUAUCUGAAACAUCGAUAUUUCAAAUACCAUGGAUAUGUCAAAGUGAGUUGGAGGUCCCAACUACAAUUUCUUUUCAAACCCUCAGAUGUAAGUUUUUCAUCGAGUUCGAGAUUUGACUGGGCGUGUGUGAAUAUUAUAUAUUCUCCCACUAUAUUAUAUACUGGUUUUUGCUCAGAUUGUGUCAGAACCCUGUGUUGGAUGCUAAUUAAAUGUUCACUCCUGAAGUUUACACUACUUGCAGUCUUGUCAAUUUCAUUGUAUUUAGUUGCACUCAGACCACCUUUAUUUUGUGAUGUCAUUAAUCAUACAUAGACAAUGAAAUACCUUGCAAUUGUUAUAACGACUCAUUCUUGGGAGUGAACAACCUUAAGCAUGUUGUCUUAGUCUGACAGAUUGGAUAAGUAAAUGGUGUAAUGUUUACACUAUAAAGGAUCAGAAUAUGCACUCUGGGACUUUGCUCAUCUGUAUUGUAAUUUUCUCACCUACACCAAUUGUAUAUCUAUAUGUUGAAGAUGAAUCCUUAGAGGAAACAAGUGGGAAUAAAUAAACUGUAUUAAAGGAC